UCCGCUGGGGCCAUCGACACCGCUGCUACCUAAAAUAUUCAUUAAGGCUUAUUUUAUUUUUUUAUGUUUAAAUGUUCUAGAUCAGACACUGAUAAUGUGGCAAAGUAUAUUGUUUUGUAUCUGCUUCAUCGCUUCACGUGGGACAGCCCACGACAUAAAAGUGGACUGUAAGAAGCAUCACGAUGUUCCUGAAACAGACCUAAACGGCAGUCCGUCCAAGGUGGCAAACCUGACUGUGAAACUGUUGACGGUCGGAAAUGAAAGGAAGCUGAACAUUAGCUGGGCGAUCAACAUUGAUGCCAGUAGUAGUUACCUGAAGCGCACAAGGAUUCUCUCAGGACUAAAGAACCACAUCUGUUUAUACAAUCCCCCUUUCGCUGCAGCAAACCUUACUGGAUUGAAGGAGGUAUGGUUUUCUUUUUUAGUUGAUGUAGAUUAUCAUGGUUCCUGGCGUACCACCGUUUAUAAUGAGCCAUUACCUCCAGAUGAAAAUGGAUACACAAAAUCAUUGCCUAUGUGGGUACCUCGUCAACCAACAACAACUGUUGCACCGAGUUCCACAAAGGCAACUUUGGAGUCUCUGCAAACAACACCAAACACUGAAGCACAAAAUGAAGAAGUUAAGAAUGUCAGUAGAAUCGUUUUUGGAGUUGUGGCCUUGUUGAUAAUUUUGAUUUCCUGCUUUGUUAUUUAUAAGAGGUUUUUGUCCUACUCCGGUUUUGAAAUCCUUCCUGUGGCCGCCAUGGCUCCAGUAUCGGUGGUUGUGGUGUAUCCUUCGUUGACGCCGGCCUUUCAGCAGGCGGUGGUGGCGCUGGCUGAGUUUCUGCAGUGGCACGGUGGCUGCAGAGUGGUGAUUGAUAUGUGGCAGCAGGGGAAGAUUGCAGAACUGGGACCGCUGCGCUGGUUAGCUGAACAAGUACAGAGUGCAGACCGCGUCCUGAUCGUCUCCCCUCAGGUGGAAACUCCCUCUUCUAUGCCGGGACCCUGCACCCCCGCCAGCAGCCUCCCAAGACAUUCCAUCCCAGCUGCAACUGGUGACCUUUACCCUCUGAUUCUCAACAUGGUGGCCAGUCACGCCAGGAGUGCCACUGAGCUGGCCAAGUUCUGGGUGGUGCAGCUGCAUGCGGAAAAGGACAAGAAGUCUUGUGUGCUGCCGCCAGAGCUGCAGACCUGCAGGGCUUUCUGUCUGAUGAAAGAUUUGAACAGACUCUGCAAGAGCCUUCAUUCUCAGAGGAAGGUUGGGAAGAAGAUAUCGUCGCUGCUGUUCAAACACAAGAUUCUGUACAGCCAGAACAGCACAACGAAAUUAAGGGAAGCUAUAGAAAUGCUCGGCGCAAAGAAGCCAGGUAUAUCUGACGGGACCCUGAAUAAAGACCUUUGUUGAAAAGGUUGCGGGUGAGCUGCAGAUAAAGAUAGGAUUCAUAUUAUUUAUUUUUUCUGUCUGUGUUACUGUUUUUCUAUCUUCUGUAACAUAACCUCCUAUAAUUUUAUUCAAUGCUUGAGUAGCAUUAUUUUAUAAAAUCACAUGGGUUAAUUUCCAAAUGAAUGUACUUUGUACUUGACCUUCAGGUGCAUUGCUGUCAUUGUUACUGUAGCAAAUAUAUCCUCGACUUUUAUUUGCUAAAUUGUAUA